GAUAAGCUUCCCUUUCGUCCUCUUUUGGGUACUGUUACGCCUACACGUCCAACGGCCGUGCCAGUGCCCAAAACGGCAGAACAGUGCAAAGUUGUGGCCAAAGUAGGCUGUGAAAAAAGUGUACACAAAUAAGGGAAAGGAGUGUGCAAAGUUUGUGUAGGCAAAAAAGAAAGAGGUCGUGCUCUAUUUAAAGGACGGGACGUGUUCAUGGAGCGCUGCUGAUUUGCUGCAACCACCAGGUGGAUGUACAAAAUGGCCCAUGGCAAUUUUUCUACCGAAGUCUCAGCUUAAACCAAACAUCAAACAGAUUUGCGCACGUGAAUAGCCCUACGACAAACCAUCUCCCAGCGGAGCCAAACGGGUGUACCAUUGAUUAUUGUGAUUCAUGCUUACCAGGGAACGGAAGUGAUAGAGCGAGCGAGAAAGCAAGAGCGCAUAAAUGAAGUGUAAUCAAAGCGCAAAGUAAAUGUACGAAAAGUCCAAAGGCACAGUCUUGAAGCCCACAAGUUUUGUUAUUAUUGUCGUACUACCACAACAAAUCUUGGGCCGUGCUGUGCCCUUCGUCAUCGGUUGCUGCAUUGCGUCGUUCUAACCACUAUCAGUGGAUACAAAUUGCAGCGAAAAAGGCUACCAACGGAAGUCACUUGGUUGUCGUGGAUUUUUUACGAUACCGUUAGCAAAACAGGUCGAUAAGUUAAAAAACACAAGACAGACAAUCGAGUACCGACGAUCCCCACAGACGUGACAAACCCCCAUCGGAAGGAUGAAAAAGUUUAUAUCGAAAUUCGAAACGAAAAAUGAACCCACCACGACGAGCAGCAGCCGCGAGACGAACAGUUUCGUCGGCAAGACGUUCAAGCUGAGCAAAGAAAAUGUGGUCACCGUGGAGGAGGUGCUGGCCGAGGGCGGCUUUGCGGUGGUGUUUCUAGUCAAGGGAGCCAAGGGCGAACGGUACGCCCUGAAGCGCCUGUACGUUAACAACGAGUACGAUCUGGGGGUGUGCAAUCGGGAAAUUAAGAUUGCCAGCAAUCUUAGCGGGCACAAAAACAUCAUCGGCUACAUCGACCACAGUAUCGUUGCGAAGGGUAACGGGGUCCACGAGAUACUGCUGCUGAUGCCGUACUGCAAGACGAAUCUACUGACGCUGAUGAACGCCCGGCUCGGGACUGGUUUCACCGAGACGGAAGUGAUGCAGAUCUUCUGCGAUGUGGCCGAAGCCGUCGCCCGAUUGCAUCAAUGCCAGACCCCGAUCAUCCAUCGGGACUUGAAGGUGGAGAACAUACUGCAGAACGACCUGGGGCACUUUGUGCUAUGUGACUUUGGAUCGGCCACGGCCCGCGUACUCAAUCCGAAUACGCACGGCCGCACGGUGGUUGAGGAGGAGAUUCAGAAGUACACCACGCUUUCCUACCGGGCACCGGAGAUGAUCGACCUGUUCAACGGGCAGGACAUCACGGUGAAGGCGGACAUCUGGGCGCUCGGAUGUCUACUGUACAAGGUGUGCUUUUUUACGCUGCCCUUCGGCGAGAGCGCGCUAGCGAUCCAGAGCUGUCAGUUUAGCAUUCCCGACGGUUCCAAGUACUCCCGAGGCGUACAUCAGCUGAUACGCUACAUGCUCGAGGCGGAUCCGGAAAAGCGGCCGAACAUUUACCAGGUCUGUGAGCUGGCGUUCGGCAUCGUGGGUCGCUCCAAUCCGGUACGCAACCUAACGAAAUGUAUCGUCCCUUCGCUCGAAUCACUCCCAGUACCACUGUUCGAGUCCGAAACGAAGCGCGUUCCUACGAUCGGCACCGGUGUGGGCCAACCAGGUGCGACACCGAAAGCAAUCAAACCUGCUGGUCAGCUUCCGCUUGAAGGUGGCACCAGCGUUGCGCCGCGCCAACGACCGAAAGCCUCGCAGGCAGCAACCCCAAAUCCGGUCGGUGUUGUCAGCAGUUUCUCCCUUGGCCUUCCCCCCAACCCAUCGCCCAAGAAUAUUCUUUCCUCCCCAACACCCGGUGUUGUACCAGCACCAACCGCAGGUCACGCAGCAGCACCCGCUGGAUCGGAUGCACCGGAAGUAUUCGUAGCAAAGUUUGCGGCCAACUUUCCUCCUCCUGCCGUGGGAAGGGGCGCUGAGCUUUCCACACCGGAUGCAGCUCCCACGGCCGUCCAACAGCCUGCCCAACAGCCGGUCGCCGUAGCCGCCCUGUUUCAGACAACCUAUCCCGAUCCGUUCCGAGAGGCAGAUUUCGGCUCCACCGGCGAGAAGAACUCAUCAUCCUCGUCAUUAACGUUGGUUCAAUCGCCUAGUCACGCUCCGUCCAGUCACGCGACCAUCCCGGCCACUACCGGUGGUUCGAACUCAUCCUCCAACAGUGGAGGGGCGACGGGCGGACCGAUAUUGGCACCACCGAAACUAGCAGCAGCCACCGGCCACCGGCGAAAUGUGAGUGAUACCUCUGCCUUCAACAAAGCAUUCGCCACGGAAACCUCACAGUUCCUAGCACCGUAUGAGCAAUCGACUUACAACAACGAAAACCAACCCGACGGAGCGCCCCCGGUAACGCUCGGUUCCAACGGCUCGCUGCACAAGCAACACCAACAGCAGCAGUAUUCAUCGAUUUCGGGAGUGGGGGCAUCGGUCUUCGAAACACGUUCCGCCAGCCUUGCUGCCAGCUCCAACCCCCAGCUACACCAUCAGCAACCGGCGCAGCACCGAUCGACGUCUUCGGGGGGCUCGAACUGGAACCCUUUCGGCGAUCCGACGCCCUUCGCCCAAAUGACCGAGGAUCAUAUCUUUGGCGAGGAGUUUGACAAAAUACGUCAGCAGGGCAGCCAGGGAAGUCUGCAGACGCCACCGCUCGAGGUGGUACCACGUCACUCGUCGCUUCCGCUCAUCCAGGGCACGAUGUUACCGGGCGGACGAUCGCUUUCCUCUGCCACAGCGCAGGCACCGGCGGCUCAGUUCUCACCGGAAAACAUCCCCGACGAGCUGGAGGACCCGUUUAGCUCCGCACCGUUCUCCCUGCCGGUGAAAGGCAAAUCGUUCAAGCUGUCCUCGCGCAAAGUGAUCGUUAUCGAUGGAGGUUUCAGUACGCAGCUGGUCGAGCACGUUGGCUCUAAGAUAGACAAGGAUCCGCUCUGGGUGUCGCGCUACAACGCCACUAAUCCGGCCGCCGUGCUCGAGGCGCACCUGGACUACCUGAAGGCGGGCGCGGAUUGCAUCCUCACCAACACCUACCAGGCAUCGAUCGAGGGCUACAUGGACUAUCUCGAUCUCAACGAGGACGAGUCGAUCAAGCUGAUCAAGGCGAGCGUGGAACUGGCAAGGCGCGCCCGCACCCGGUACCUCGCCGAAAAGCUGGAGAACAAAUCUCACAAAAUCCCCUGGGUGGUGGGAUCGAUCGGACCGUACGGGGCGCAUCUACACGAUGGAUCCGAGUACACCGGCUCGUACGCCGACCAGGUGCCGUCGAACCGGCUACAGAAGUGGCAUCGCCCACGGAUCAAUGCGAUCGUCGAGGCGGGUGUGGACGCGCUAGCGAUCGAAACCAUUCCGUGUCGCAUGGAGGCCGAAGCUCUGCUCGAGCUGCUGACGGCCGAGCAUCCGACGGUGCGCUUCUGGAUCUCGUUCCAGUGCCGCGACGGCGCGACCAUAGCACAUGGGGAGAACUUUGCGGAAACGGCAAUCGCACUGUGGAACCGGGCAAAGGAACUGGCCAACCCGAACCUGCUGGCGAUCGGCGUGAACUGUGUCCACCCGCAGUUCGCGUUGCCCUUGUUGCAGUCCGUUACCGAGCGACGUGGGGCGACGACGACGACACCGACGGACAGCGAGCGCAUACCGUUGAUCGUUUAUCCCAAUUCCGGCGAACAGUGGGAUGCCAGUGCUGGGUGUUGGCGUGGUGCCGAAAAUCUCACCCCCCUGGAAACGUACAUUCCACAGUGGGUUGAGCUGGGCGCUAAAUUUAUUGGUGGCUGCUGCCGGACGAAUGCGCGUGACAUCAAGCGGAUGAAGAAAACCGUGAUCGGCCUGUACGGAAGUCGCGGAAGUGAUAACUAGGGAGAAGGACCACACAUACAUACACCCUCUAACUCUCUCACACACACUUAACGCCCGUUUAAACCCUCGUGAAUCCCCGUGAAACCCGGCUACGCUCAAUCGGAAGCUGUGAUUAAGUUCUCUUGAAAGGUUUGGUAGUCGAAAUGAACCCAUGUACCAUAAAGCAAUCAUCAGCGCCAAGGGGAACGAUUACCGUUCCCGUCGCUUUCGUCCGCUCCUUUCGUGUGGGGCCUUGAGAAGGAAGUGUUCGGAGUAAAUCAAUAUUAUUUCUGUCAGCCGAUCGAUGACUGGUCGAUUUGCUGCGACGCCGGUAUCUACGAGCGUAAAAGGUCCAUUAUCAUUUAUCAAUGACGUGCGCUUAAGACGCGCGUUCAUCGCAUGAUUGGGCCACUGCAAUCCGUGUGCCCUCCCGAAGUCAAAGGCACCCGAACACCCCGACAAUAUUGCGCAAUAUAAUGUGUUGGCAAGCGGAAAAUCCCUGCGUUGCAGCUUUCGAAUUGGACCGAGCGUCCAAGAACGACGAAACAACUGCAAAAAAAAAUCGUGGGAUCCUAUGGGACGAGAAAAAGCGCGAGAGUAUAAAUAGAAGGUAAAGUGGGUUUCGGCCAACGGGCGUGCACUCGCUCGUAGCGAAUGUAUUAUUAUUAUUUUGUGGUACACACAACAGCCGGUACCCCUGUAGGAUGAAAUUUUAUUCAAUUAAAUUUCUUUGUUAUGUUACAAUACUGUGUUUUUCGGAUUCUAGUCUCGCCUUAGUUUUCCAAUUGAUACGUAAAUUAUAAACCCAACUGUCGAUGCAGCAAGCAAUCUUGCACUCCGGAGGCACACGAAGGAAGGUAGAGGAUAAAACAAAGAUUAGUAGAAACAGUUCGGUUUAGCAUUUGAACGCAAGAUGUUUAUAUUUUUGUAAGCGCUAGAAUGAUUCAAAACCGAUCAAACUCCUCCCCCGCGUGGGAAGGUUAGAAAAGUUAGACAUCUUCAUGGAUUCGUAAGGAAAGAAGAGGAUAUUGUUUUCCAGUCAUUAUGAUUUGUUUGCAUAGCAAUAUAUACAUAAAGAAAACAUGAUGUGGUUAUUUUACCAUUAGGUGAAUUG